AGCAAGUUCAGAAUUGGUUCAAAAAACAGGGGACAGAGCUGGCGGAUCCUAUCCUAGGACAUAAUAAACAACGCAUUUCUUUCAAUCCGCCGUGUAUGGAAAUCGACAUACGCUUUUAGCAAAAUGCACAUCAAACAGGUUAUUAUACAAGGCUUUAAAAGUUAUCGCGAGCAGACCGUUGUAGAGCCAUUUGACAAGCGUCAUAAUGUUGUCGUUGGGAGGAAUGGAUCGGGGAAAAGUAAUUUUUUCUAUGCUAUCCAAUUUGUUCUCAGCGAUGAAUUUACGCAUUUGAGACCAGAGCAACGUCAAGCAUUGCUGCACGAAGGAACAGGUGCUCGCGCAAUGUCAGCAUAUGUGGAGAUUAUUUUCGAUAAUACUGAUAAUCGAGUUCCGAUUGACAAGGAUGAAAUCUUUCUUCGUCGUGUGAUUGGCGCCAAAAAAGAUCAAUUCUUUCUCAACAAGAAAGUAGUGCCUCGAUCGGAAGUCGUUAAUUUGUUGGAAUCCGCUGGAUUUUCCAAUUCAAACCCUUAUUACAUCGUGAAGCAGGGAAAAAUCAAUCAAAUGGCCACUGCUCCGGAUUCACAUCGACUUAAAUUGCUGCGUGAGGUUGCCGGAACUAGAGUUUAUGAUGAACGUAAAGAGGAGUCGAUGAACAUUUUAAAGGAGACAGAAGGGAAAGUGGAAAAAAUUACCGAGUUUUUAAAAACUAUCGAAGACAGAUUAAAAACAUUGGAAGAAGAAAAAGAAGAGCUCAAGGAGUAUCAAAAAUGGGACAAAGCUCGCCGCACACUUGAAUAUAUCAUUCAUGAAACUGAAAUGAAAGAAAAUAAGAAACUACUUGACGAGCUCGAAUCACAAAGAAAAAGUUCUGGGGACAAACAAAAGAUGUAUGCUCAGGAUAUCCAGAGAGCCCAAGAAAAAACAAAAAAUGUGCAAAAGUUGCUUAAAGAUGCAAAAAAAGAUGUUAUAACGACAAAAGAUGAAAAAUCGGUGCUAACAACUGAACACCAACAAUUACUCCGUGAGAAAACAAAAUUAGAUUUGACAAUUUCUGAUCUCACGGAUGAAGUGCAAGGAGACAACAAAUCGAAAGAAAGAGCUGAACAAGAAUUAGACCGGUUGAAGAUAACUAUUGCCGAAAAGGAAAAAGAAUUGGAAUCUGUUCGCCCUCGAUACGAAGCGAUGCGCAGAAAGGAAGAGGAAUGCUCCCGUGAACUCAAUCUAAAAGAACAAAAGCGCAAAGAGUUAUAUGCUAAACAAGGUCGAGGCUCUCAAUUUUCCUCCAAGGAAGAACGGGAUAAGUGGAUUCAAGGGGAGUUGAAGUCACUAAACAAACAAAUUAAAGAUAAAAUUGCUCAUCAAAAUAAGUUACAGGAAGAUUUGAAAAGAGAUGCUAUGAAGCAAAAAGAAUUGGAGAAAAAAAUUGAGGAGCAUAGUGAAGCUUUUGAGCAACUACGAGUUCAGAUAGACGAACAUAACAAGCAUUAUUAUGACCUAAAAAAAAAAAAAGAUCAUUUUCAAACUAUUCGGAAUGACAUAUGGAAGAAAGAAACACAAGUAACACAAACUGUAUCAGGAAAUAAAGAAGAGCUAGUUAAGGCAGAUCAAGCUUUGCGAUCAAUGGCAGGUAAACCAAUACUUAAUGGGCGUGAUUCUGUUCGAAAAGUUCUUGAAAAUUUCUCGCAACGUGGCGGUCAAUAUGCCGAAAUCGCAAAUGCGUACUACGGUCCAGUGAUUGAAAAUUUUAAUUGUGACAAAUCUAUAUAUACAGCGGUAGAAGUAACUGCUGGUAAUAGAUUGUUCCAUCACAUUGUAGAAUCAGAUCGAGUAGGAACUCAGAUUCUGAAAGAAAUGAACAAGUUGAAGCUUCCAGGUGAAGUAACAUUUAUGCCGUUGAAUCGCUUGCAAGUUCGUGUACACGACUAUCCAGAGGAUCCUGAUUCAAUUCCAAUGAUUUCUAAGCUAAAGUACGUAGAACAAUAUGACAAGGCGUUAAGAUAUAUUUUUGGCAAAACUUUAAUUUGCCGGAAUUUGGAGCGCGCUACAGAACUAGCUAAAAGUACAGGGUUGGAUUGUGUUACGUUAGAGGGUGAUCAAGUUUCUUCCAAAGGAUGCUUGACCGGAGGAUACUUCAAUACUUCACGUUCUAGAUUAGAAAUGCAAAAAAAGCGAUCCGAAUAUUUACAGAUGAUUGAUGAUUUGGAAAAGGAACUGAAUGGAUUCAAAACAGAAUUGAAGCAGACGGAAACUAGUAUUAACAGUGUAGUUUCGGAAAUGCAAAAAACUGAAACCAAACAAGGAAAGUCCAAGGACGCAUUUGAAAAAAUUCAAGCCGAUAUACGAUUAAUGAAAGACGAGUUGACUAGAAUCGAGCGGUUCAGGAAUCCGAAAGAGCGAUCUUUGGCACAAUGCAAGGCAAAUUUAGAAGCCAUGAACAGCACUAAGGAUGGAUUAGAGAAUGAAUUGCAUCAAGAACUUAUGUCACAAUUGUCGGUGCAAGAUCAACAUGAAGUAGAUCAACUAAACGACGAAAUUCGUAAGCUUAAUCAAGAAAACAAAGAAGCUUUUACUGCACGCAUGAGCUUGGAAGUCACUAAAAACAAAUUGGAGAAUUUAUUAACAAAUAAUCUUUUUCGGCGAAAAGAUGAGCUGGUUCAAGCUUUACAGGAAAUAUCUGUGGAAGAUCGUAAACGUCAAUUAAAUAACUGCCGUAAUGAGCUUGGAUCAACAGAAAAGCGAAUCAAAAAGGUGUUGACUGAUAUGGAUGAGAUCGAUAAGAGGGUUGGUGACGCUGUUAAGCUGCAGAAAAACUUACAAAGAGAGCUUGAAACUUGGCUGCGUAAAGAAAAGGAAGUCCAAGAAAAAAUAGAAGAAGAUUCAAAGCGGAUGGAGAAGUGGGCAGCUAAGGAAAACUUACUUCAUCAGAAGAUCGAUGAGUCUACCGAAAAAAUUGCCAGUCUCGGCGCUCUACCACAAGUUGAGCCAUCGUACCAGAGGAUGUCCCUAAAACAGCUAUUCAAGGAGUUGGAGAAGGCUAAUCAUCACUUAAAGAAGUAUAAUCAUGUAAACAAGAAAGCCUUGGAUCAGUUUCUAAGCUUUUCUGAACAAAAGGAAAAGUUGUAUAAGAGAAAAGAAGAACUUGAUAUUGGAGGUGAAAAAAUUCGAGAGCUUAUGCAAAAUCUGGAAAUGCGUAAAGUUGAAGCAAUUCAAUUCACCUUCAGGCAGGUAGCCACCAAUUUCACAGAAGUUUUUAAAAAACUGGUACCGCAGGGAGCAGGUCAUCUAAUACUUAGAACGCAUAAUGACACGGAAGGGAACGACAUGGAAAAAGAAGUCGAAACAUCGGAUGAUUUCACUGGUAUAGGGAUCAGGGUGUCCUUUACUGGAAUAGAUGCGGAAAUGCGUGAAAUGAAUCAAUUAUCAGGAGGACAAAAAUCUUUAGUAGCACUUGCUUUGAUUUUUGCAAUUCAAAAGUGUGAUCCUGCACCAUUCUAUCUCUUUGAUGAAAUCGAUCAGGCACUAGAUGCUCAGCACAGAAAGGCUGUUGCCGAUAUGAUCCAUGAGUUGAGUGACAAAGCUCAAUUUAUCACAACUACAUUUAGGCCAGAGUUACUUGAAAAUGCCCACAAAUUUUAUGGAGUGAGGUUCCGCAACAAAGUUAGUCAUGUAGAUUGUGUAUCACGUGAAAUUGCCAGAGACUUCGUAGAGGAUGACAUGACCCAUGCAUAGUUUCAUUUCGUUUUUUGGUCAUUUUUUAUAUAUCAACGCUAAUCGUGUCAUUAAAAAAUAAACUGCAUUUUUUCUUAUUUUUUUUGGUGAAAAAAAUA